CCCGCCCUUACUGACACCGACGGCCACCAAUUCUGGAUGGGUGCGACUCUGUCGUCGCCGUCGCCUUGCAGUCGGCCAGCCGGCAGCUUCUCGUGAGGCCGAGACAAGCCCAGCGAAGACGACGAGCCCAGGCGCAUAUCCGCGCUGGUCGGCAUGCUGCCCCGCUACGCGCCAGCAGGCGGCUACGACCUGCCGGGCUCCAGCGCUGUGCCACUCCUCGCUUACCGGCCUCUGUGCGCUCGGCCGCAGGUGCAGGUGGAGUCGUCGCCCAUGAAGACAACGUGGUACUGUCCUCUGGAUGCGUCCACAGUCGCGGAAGAGGAAGAGGAUGGACUCAUCUACACGGUGGUGGUCAAACAAGUGGCUGGCUCGCCCACGUCGUGCGUUUCCCGCAGCAAGUAUGUGAAGGCAGGCACGGAAGACAAACUGACGCUACACCUGCUGCACUCUUUCGCGCUGGGCGACCCGUCCUUUGUCGCCAUCUUCCUGGCGACCUAUCGCUCUUUCAGCACCACGCAGAAAGUGUUGGACGUGCUCACUGACAGGUUGGAGCGGCCGCCCAGCCACGCUGACGACGGACAGCCCAGGAAAUCCUUCAACAGAGCCGUGCGCUCUGUGUUUGCCGCGUGGCUGUCCGAGUACCCCGAGGACUUCCGCGGCCUCCAGGAGCCUUCGCGCCUCCUGCGAUUGGCGCCACUUCUUCUUGGAGACUCACCGUCCGCCGCUGAACUUCGCGCUCGCGUUCUCUGCCUGGCUGAGGAGCUCAGUGAGAAAGCCUUGCUGCCCGACGACGCAUAUCCAGGGGCAGAGGUGAAUGUCGCCAGCAGCCCGUCGUCUCGGGAUACACAUCAGUUCCAGGCCGACGCCAUUCUGGGCUUCCCCACGGCCGUCGUGGCCGAGCAGCUCACCCGCAUUGAAACGGAUCUGUUCGUGCGCCUGGUGCCGUACCACUGCCUGGGCUCGCUGUGGUCGCAGCGCGACAAGAAAGGCCACGAGGGCGCGUGCUGGUCCGUGCGGGCCACCGUCCGCCAGUUCAACUGUCUGGCCAACGCCGUGCUGGUCUCAUGCCUGAGCGGCAGUGCCGGCACACGGAGGCCGGCCAGGCUGCUGGAGAAGUGGAUUGCCGUGGCCCAGGCGUGUCGCGGCAAGAAGAACUUCUCUUCGCUGUACGCCAUCGUGUCGGCCCUGCAGAGCAACCCCAUCCACCGCUUGAGGAGGACGUGGCAGGACACCGACAGGGAGAUGAUGAAGAAGUACGAGGAUCUGUGCGAGAUCUUCUCGGACAAGGACAACUACUCGCAGAGCCGAGAAUUGCUUAAGGAGGAAGGCACAUCCAAGUUUGCCAACCUGGACGAGCACAUCACCAGCAAGCGCGCUACCGAGUGGGGCGCGUGCCAGGGCACGGUGCCCUACCUGGGCCAGUUCCUGACCGACCUGACCAUGCUGGACACCGCUGUCAAGGGCCGGCUGGAGAACGGCUACAUCAACUUUGACAAGCGCCGACGGGAAUUUGAGGUUCUAGCUCAAAUCCGGCUGCUGCAGUCGUCGUGUAAAAACUGCGCCUUGGUACCGGAUGAGGCCUUCCUACGCUGGUACCGCAGUGUUCCCUCGCUAAACGACCAGGAAAGUUACAGACUGUCCAAUGAGAUCGAAGCACCUUGCGAAGUGGUGCCACAAGCCUGCGGCGGCCUGCCGACAGUCGUCAUCACGCAGUGCCCCAACUUCAGCGUGUCCGUGAGUGGCCCGACCGACGCUCCCUCGGAUUCGUCCUGGCCCGUCAACAGCCUGCUCUCCAAACUCACCAAGCAUAUGAGAUCUCCGUCAGUGUCGUGUCUGGAUGUGGACACGUCGCCGCCGCUGGCCAUCAACUGCUCGGCGGCCUCCCGGUUGGUUCCAGGGACUCCUCCCAAAUCCCACCGCCGCUCUGCCUCCUGCGGCAACAACCAGCCUGUCGCCGGCAGCAGGGGUCAGAGUUCGGGCCCCGACAUGCGCAUUAUCAGGAUCCGCAUGGACCUGCAAGAUGGCAACUUGUACCGCAGCAUCCUGGUGACGAGCAACGACAAGACACCGGCUGCCAUCGGCACGGCACUGGAGAAGCACAAUCAGGACCGGGUGCGGGCGUCGGCAUACGAGCUGGUUCAACUUCUGCCCGAAGGGAAAGAGUUGCUGAUCCCGGCCACGGGCAAUGUUUUUUAUGCCAUGAUGCCAUCCAGCGUGGACUUCCUGCUGAGGCGCAAAGCUGGCGACACGCCCGCAGGCCAAUCGGAACGCAGCGCCGCCGCCACGUAUCCUCGAAUCAAGGCCAAGGGAAGGAGAUUGGCCCGAACUCUCUUUUGAUGCCACACCGGCGCAAGCCGCUUUCAUUUCAAUCUUUUUGGCUUUGUCAAUUUAUUCCCUGCCCAUUUUUUUAGGAUCUACUUUGUAUUUCUUGUUUCUGUUUUUAAAACAACAGGAUGUUUUACAGCUUCCGCUGAAUGUACUGUGUUUAUUUAUUUCAUUGUUUUUAAAUUUUUAAGUUUAUUUUUCUUUCGCUUGGGUUUUUGUUUAGUGGGUGGGGGAGUAACUGUUUCAUUUUUUUAAGGUAGACGUCACUGCAUUUGACUUUCAUUUUGCCACAGCUCCUACCAAAUUAAGAUGAAUCUUUUUUAAGUUAAAGUUUUAAAUUUUAAUUUGCAUUUGUGUGUAUCUAAUGUCUUAUUUUAAACUAUGAUUUCCAAAUUGUGUCUUUCAAAGAGAUUAUUUGCAAAUUCUUGGAGAUUUGUUUGGAUUUAACUCAAAAUGUAAUUUUUCCUACAUGCUCACAAAUUAUCCUUUUUUUUUUUUGACUGGGUUGCUUUCCAAAUUGUUUGCUUUCUUGAAUGUUUUCAAUUGGUGCUUUCUGUCAGGGGCCAGUGAGCUCAUUGUCUGUUACUGCAUAAAAACAUGUCUGCUUUUGGGUCCCUUUCUGUACAAAGUGCACCCCCCUGUAAGUAUUUCCAAUAAAUGUCCUAUUUUUGCACAGGCAAA